CACCAGGGGGCGCCACACAGCCAGUAUUGCUGUCGCUGUGGCUCAAAGGAUGCCGGGAGGCUGUGUGUGCGGAAGCAGCCUGAGCAGAGGAGACGUCACUGAGGCUACCGGUGGCUAAUCGUUAGCAGCGUUAGCAGGAGAGGCUCCAGACAUGGAGGACAUAAGCACUGUGAUGUCCUGGUUCUCCAGCCCCGUCUACAGCCGCUACUGGCAGCACUACCAGCAGGCUAUGGCCUGGCACCAGAAGCACAGGCGUGCCUACCGCAAGGCCUUGGAGGCCGCCUACGGCCCCGGCUACGGCCAGGAGCAGCUUCCCAGCAGCAGCCGCCGCCACCAGCGCUACGCGGACUGGCACGGCAAGGAGAGCGCCAGGGAGGAGGAGAGCAGCUCGGACAGCGAGAUCGAGUGUGACGUCAGCAACAUGGAGAUCAGCGAGGAGCUGCGGCAGUACUUCGCCCAGACGGAGAGACACAGAGAGGAGCUGAAGAAGCAGCAGCAGAUGGAGGCCGAGGAGCAGGACAGCUACGUGCCGGCCGACCGGGACCUGCGUGCCGCCUCCUGGCGAAGCACGGCGGCUCCCCCCUUUGAGCGGCCCGGCGAGAGACGCGGCGCCGAAAUGAAGAAGCUGUUCGGCGAGGACGCGGCCAAGAUCCUGGCCAUGGAGGCAGCGAUGCAGCUCACGUUCGACAGGAACUGUGACCUCAAGCAGCCCAAGUACUGGCCCGUCAUCCCGCUGAAGCUGUGACGGCCCGCGGGCAGUAAAGGAGCCGCAGGAGAUCCGGCGGGUUGUUGUGUCACUGAUGCUGCAGCUUUGUCGUGAAACGGAUUGUUGGCUGACGGAGCUGCGGAUGAAGAAGCAGCGGUUUGGGGCAGCUGAGGGUUGGAAGUUAUUUUAAGCACCAAAAAGUUGCAUGAAUUAGUGGAGCUUCUGCUUCACGGGACACGAACGUCACUGACCUGUCAGCUGCUGCCCCCGAUGAAAACACAUGGCUGUGAUCGCACGGAUGACGCGGGAUCUCGUGUUUGUUUUUUAAGGGCAGAAGCCGCUUUGUCAUUGGCUGAGUGUCAGAGGUACAGUGUAGCUGCCCCCCGCAGGUAACGUGAAUACAUUCAAACACCACGUGCCUGCGUGUUUCCUCCUAAUCUGUUUUUGUUCCCCCUCCAGCUCGGUGAUGUUUCACGCUGCAGUAGCUCCUCUUAUGCCUGUCAACUCAGUUAAAGCACAGAAGCACCCACCCCCCGACCCUCCUCUGUUCACAUCCAGCAGCGCUCCUGCAUCGCUGCCUCUGAUUUUGUUGUUUCCUCUAAACUGUGCGGCUCAGACUCUGACAUUUCAUCGGGUUAAAAGCGUUGUUGUGUGGUUUAUCAGGAGGGAUGUCGACAACUCUCUGGCGUCUGGUGUUUGCUGCGCCCGGCACAAUUUUGUAGAAUGAAUUCUGUUUAUAAUAAAGUGGUAUUUGUCCGGAUAAAA